AUGAAGCACGAGUCGAGCGUGACAAGCAUCUCGAGAAGAAAUGCCCUCCUAGCUGGAAUUUCUAUCGCUGGCUCAUCGUUGCUGCCUCCUCUGAAGGCUCUUGCGGAGCCAGUAGCGGAUGAGAUCAAAGACUACAAGCUUGUUCAGAUCUUUCAGGAGUGCAAGGAUCUUGGAGUUGUUCGAUUCUUGUCAGUGAACCCCAAUGGAGCUGUGCUAGAGGCUCUUGGAAAGUUUGAUUACUCGCUCGUUCCCUUUGAGAUCCCCGGCAAGGGCCAAUAUGUCAGGAUUGCUGGGCCGAACUCGCCGGAUCACUUGGUAGCUUCCUUCGAAUGCAGUAUAAACCUUGACAAUGCUGCGAUUCUUGCCUUCGACAAGCUCUAUGGGCCAACAGGAGAGCUGUACUCGCUGAGGAUCAUGAACGACAAGGGAGACAAGAUCCUUUCGAUUCUCCUCAACUAUGACAUCGAGGGGAACGGAGGAAAGCCUGGCAAGUACUACAAGGGAGCAGUCGAGAAGUGGGAGGAGCUGCGCAAGAAGUACGGGGACGCCAACGGCGAGGUCAAGCUGAAAUGA